AUGGAUCUGUUCACAUUUUUACCGAGCAGCAUCAGGUUAACAAUCUUAUGGCUUUCUCUGCUGUUUCAGCUAAUGAAACUGACUUCUCCCGCAUCCAUAGAUGAAAUGAUUGCAAAUGCUGCCCAGAGCUCUGAUCAGUUUGGUUUGCUGUACGGCCAGUCCGGAGACGUUCGGGUCGAACUAGACAUUAUGCUGACCCGUCAACAAUGGCAAGACGUUCUCCUGUACCAGGCAGGCUUUACUCGACAUAAGAGGAAGGCGAUUAGAAGCUCUCGUUACAGAUGGACGAACAAGGUUAUACCGUAUGAGUUCCAAAAUGGAGUCUUUAGUCGUUACGAUCGUACUGUCAUCCAGUCAGCUUUUAACGUGUGGGAGAAACACACAUGUGUGAGGUUCCUGCCCGCCACAGCCUCUGAUCGCAACAAGAUUAGGAUUCAAAAUGGCGGCGGCUGUUCCUCUUACGUCGGCAUGAUCGGCGGAACGCAGCCAGUGAUGCUUGGUCGUGGAUGUCGCCUGGAACAAGUCGUCGUUCACGAGCUUGGUCACGCGGUGGGGUUCCAGCACGAGCAAACGCGACCAGAUCGUGACGCUUACGUCACUAUUCAGGAGCAGAACAUUCCGUCAAAUCUUCUCUACAACUUCAACAGGUACCCGCUCAGAACGGUCGACAACUAUGACGUACCGUAUGACUACGAGAGUAUCAUGCAUUACAGUGAAAAGGCUUUUUCCGUGAAUGGCUUACCUACCAUCAUCGCCAAAGAUCAGCGUUAUCAGCACGUCAUGGGACAUGCAAAACAGCUCAGCUUCCGGGAUGUCAAACUGGCUAAUAUUAUGUAUGACUGCGCAGAGCGCUGUCCGAAGAAAACUUGCCCGGGUGUUGGGUUCCUCGGGCAGGACUGUCGCUGUUACUGCCCAGGAAAUCCGGUCCAAAUCUGCUCCGGUGAUGAGAAUCCCGACACCAAGACAACAACAACAACCAAGCCGACGAGUACAAAGAAAACGAAAACAACACUACGUGUCACUACAUCACGUCCUGUCUUGCCCUGUACAGACCGGAACCCCCGCUGUUCAUACUGGAAGUUCCGCGGGGAAUGUAGCCGAAACAAGGGAUUUAUGGGAUAUUACUGCAAGAAGUCGUGCGAUUACUGUGAGGAUAAUGCUGUGGAUGAGGUGUGUGAAGACUUAAACCAAAACUGUCGCUUCUGGAAGUCUCGCGGUUACUGUUCUAACGGACUUUACAGAACAUAUCUGCAGAACAACUGUCCCAAGUCCUGCCAGACCUGCGUGGACACAAAGACUACCACACCCAGUGAGAACAACCUACGGUCUAUGAUCAAGCAGUACAAAACUGAGUCCGAGAAGGAGAACUGCCUGGACCAGCUGAGUCGAUGUCCGAAGUGGGCCCAGACUGGCUACUGUACACGGAGCAGGGUGUACAUGGGACGCAGUUGCAAGAAGUCGUGCGGGUUUUGUUAA